AUGGCGGGUUGGCGUGUGUCCACUUGGUCCAGUAUCAAAGACGUCCUCGGCAACUUGAGAUUUGAUCGCCUCUCACAUAGCCAUACCGUCCCACGUCUGAGACGGCAAGACCCAUUGUGCAGGCAAAACACAGUAAUAGAAGAGUCUCCUGAUUCCGGAGGAAAGCCUGGUACGGUAGCGCCAGGUAGGACGGGGUUGCAGCAGUCAUGUAGGCUACCGAAACGGAAAAGGACUAGGAUAGCGAUCUGUACUUAUAACGCACAUACGCUUGCAUCGGAAGCGGCCAUCGAAGAUCUGAUGAUGCAAGCUAAGAAGAUCAAGUACGACGUCAUUGGACUGACCGAGACGAGACGACGUCACCCUCUCAACGCCGUAUAUGAAACUGGAGAAGAACCGUUCUUAGAAACAUGCGACAGUAGAGGUGUUGGUGGAGUUGGCGUCCUCGUCAACACGAGUAUGGCAAAGAACAUCGACUCUUUCGAACAACUUACGACCCGAAUCGGACGUCUGCGGAUGAGAAGAUGUGGUUCAACACCAGCUUUGACUAUCUUCGUCGCUUACGCUCCAACAUCAAGCUACGAAGAAUAA